AUGGAAUACGCCGACUCAAGAUUUAACGUGGGGGUGUCGGACAUUGACUUCAGUGGGGUCAUGCAUAUAGAACAGGGCAAGUUGCAUGCCAGCGGUAAUCUCGUCGCAGGAGCCGUCACAUUCUCGCCAAACGCGCCGGUGCCAGUUGUCGCCGUCUCUGCGGUCAAGGUGCUCGUUCAGGGGAAGUCGUGGCAUGCAUCCGCGCACGGUCUCCACGCAAAGGACGUUCUCGAUAUUCCCCACCUUACUUACUCGCACAGCCCAGCGGACGGCACGCGGCUCGAAAUGCCCGCAAUCGACGCCGACAUCUCCCUGCCGCUCGUGUUUGCGCUGCUCUCUCUGUUUGUGCCGCCUAAAUCUUCCUCCCCGAGUUCUUCCUCCAGCCAGGGGGCCUGGCCCUCAGUCACCGUCGCCAACAGCACUAUUGUGCUCCAUCUGGCCAGUUUCGACCUUCGCGUGCACAGCCAAGAUCUUUCUUUUUCUGCCACCGCUGCUACCGUCGGCGACGUGCGGCUGGAGAUUGUGCGGCAUGGGCGGUGGACGCGGCUGCUGAGCGUCCAGAAUGUGGCAGCGGACGGCGGCAUAGAUGUCCGCGUCGCGUUUGCCAAGCUUUCUCUGCCCCACGGGUUCCUCAUCUACGAGCUGUUUGAUAGCGCCUCCAAUACGGCCAAAAGCCUCCAGCAGCACGUGCAUACGCUGCGCACAGGCAGCGACGAGCUGGUCAUUGCACCCCGCGCACGACCGCCGGUGCAUUUGAGCGACAUACGUGUCCGCGCCGGGCUCGUGGCGGUGUGUUUUGAGAACGACCCGUUUGAAACCGAGCUCGGCAUGAUAUACCAGCUCGGCAGGGUCGAGCAGCGGUCACGGCUGCAGAAGUGGGGGCUGCUGGAGGGCGGCGAGUUUUUGGAUGCGCUCAACGAGCACAUUUCCUCGUCGUGGAUCCGGCUCGUGCGCGAGUACCGUACAAAACUCGCAGCUACCGUCGAGCGCAACGGGCAAUUUCUAGAAGGCCGCCGCCAGCCCGCCGCCACGGGCGCGCCCGUCAUGUCCCUGUACUUGGAGGAGGUGGAUAUAAACGUCGGCCCCCCACACAUGGACGAGUCGCUUCCUGCCUACAUCGAGCGCGUGGGCAAGGGCAUGCCGCGUGACACGCAGUACACGACGCUGCUGCCGGCGUAUGUGGACCUUUCCGUGGGGCAGGUGCGCGCACACCUGCUGGAACUGCCGCUGCCGUUGGCGUGGGUACCGUGGGGCAAGAAUACGGCAGGUCUGCGUGUAUGUGGCAACGUGGUGCUGCUGGAACAACUGGGCGGCGACUGGCGGUGGUGCGACGUGGAGGUGGAGGCAGACAAGUCUGUGCGUGUUCCGCGCACCAUGGCCGCCAUGAAAACGCUUGCAGAGCUCACAGCCACCGUGCUGACCGACCACCCCGUGAUGCUUACGUGGGGGGCCUCGAUCCAGCCGGUCCUGCGCCAGCUGUCGCUCUGUUUCGACAGUUUCAGCAAGCCCAGGGUCGACCCGAGCCCGAAACUCGGCAUCUGGGACAAGCUGCGCCUCAUUGCACACGGCCAUGUCGACCUCGUGUGGGCCACCGACGCCGGGCUGCAAAUCAACAUCAAAGGCUCGAUGGACCCGUACGAGCUGCACGGGGCCGCGGCUGGGUUCUCGUUUGUGUUCCGCAAGAACGUGCGGCUGGAGCUGAACGACCCACGCAACGCACCGGACGACUUUGCCGUUGUGCGGGCGAGCGAAACAAUGUUUGGAGUGCCUGACCAUUUGACUACCCUGCCUUGUUGGUGUAGUGCAGACCCGGUGUAUCUUGGCCACAAACUGGAAAAGUCCCUCUCCACCUCCACUUUCGGCUACUACCUCAACGAACGCCUUUUUUCGCCACUGCCCCCACGCACAUCGUUCAAGCAGGCUGUUUCUCUCGGCGGCGAGGUCGAGUUCAAGCUGUCGUUCAAGUUCGAGCGCUCCCAAAAUAAAGCCACCCCACAUUAUGCCGUCCACAUGGCGCUGCCCCCACGCUCUCCCAACCACGACUCCUACGCAGGCUUCCGCACAAACACAAUUCACAUGGGCAUCCACCUGACAACAAGAUCGUCCGCCAACUCUGUGCACGUGACCCCGGUCACGUUCUCCUAUUUCACGAAGUGGUUCACGCUCUUCAGCAGCGGCGUGUCGCUGCCCAUCCGCAACGGCCCGCUUUUUGGCACCGCUCUGGAGUCGGUCAAGUUCGCGUCGCAUCUUGCGUCCUUUUCGUACAACUUCGCCGUCCACCCGCUGUACAUUUUCCACGGCUACCGUCUCGACCUGGACGAUCCAGAAAACAGGUGUGCUAUUGGCUUCAAAGCCAAGAUGGAGGAUCUGCGCUUGCAGCUGCACCAGCGCAAAAAGCCGAUGGUGCUCAAGAACGAAAAUCUCAACAAGCAGGUGAAGUUGAUGCAGAUGAGGUUCGACACUGGCGAGGUUCGAUUUUGCAACGUGGACGUGCGCGUGGUGGCUGCUGAGGAGCAGAAGGCGGGCAGCGACGAGUUCACUCCCGCUGCCGAGCCGUGGUUCGACCGCCAGGACUUCGAGGAGCACGGCAUGGAGUCUCUGGGGGCCGUUUCCGUAGAGUAUUUGCAUUUAUUCCACUGCGAGGAAAUGGCAUAUUUUCUGGACCACGACUCGGCCAAGUUCCGCAACAUUGUCGAGGCAUCGCGUCCGCUGGCAAAGUGGAACUGCGCCGUGCGCAACCGCGUGUUUCAGUACCUACAGCGGCUCGAAUUCCGGCACUCGUACUCGUACUACCGCAGCUACCAGGCGUACCGCACCGCGCGGGCGUCGCAGGCGCAGGGGCGGGCCAAAACGGCUGUGCACGACGACGUGAGCUUUGCAGACCGCAGCCUGCGCAUCGACACCUUUGAGAGUGAUUUGCGCGCCGUGGAACAUUCGGCGCGGAGGCUGGUCACGUGCGACGACUUUGCGGUGAAAAUCAGCGAGCCGCAGAUCCAGCUCAUCGAAAACGACGCGGCGGACUAUUUUGUGCUUUUGAGCACGCCGCAGAUCGACGUGAGCGUCGUCAGCGUGAACGACGGCAGCAAGCUGGACGACGUGGGCUCGCGGCCGCUGGCGACGCGGUUCGGGUCGGUUUUGAAGGAUACAGAUAUCUUCCUGAUCGAUCGGUCUGUCGACCCCAAAGGUGCGAUAGUCUACGGCGCCAGUCCGCACUGGCCGCUGUUCCUGGCCGACCCGCCCGCAAAGUACAAGGUCCUGGCGCGGACGGCGAUGGUGCUGCGGUUCGACCGCACGAGCAGUCUCGGCGGCGACGAUCGACGCAACGUGCUGAUGUUCAACAUGGCCCGGCUAGAGACGCGGCUCGACUCGGCGCAGGCGCGCGCCCUGUACUCGCUCGUCGCGACGCUGCUGCUGUACUCCGAGCCGCGGUCCAAGGAGCUGAACGCCGCGGUCCAGGAAUUGGCCAUGGUGGCCGACUCCAGCGACCUGGACGCCGUGUUCGCGCAAGUUGCCGACGUGUCGCGCAAGCUGGCGUACUUGCCCGAGCCGUCGCCGCUGCGCAGCCGGCUGCUGGUCGAGCUGUACACGCGGAUGCGUUUUCUGGUGAACGGCGGCGGGCUGCGGGACGACGAGCUGGAGUGGGUUCUACAGGUGGGGAGGAUCAAGAUGGACAUGGUGGAGGCAAGCCGGCCGUUUCUGCAGCUGGAGAUCGCGCAAGGCACGUUCAACAGGAUCGAGCUGGCCAACGGGGCCACGACAAACAGGGUGCUGGUCGGCACGCUACGGGCAAGAAACAUGGCCGGGGCCUAUUUCCCGCAGCUACUCUCGGGCGUCGAAUCGACGCACAUGUUUGAGAUUUCGUGGACUAUGGACCGCCCGGUGGGGGGCAUUCGCGUGGUGAAGCGGGUGGAUAUAAAAAGCUCUCCAAUCAAACUGGGGCUGGAGGAGACCGUCGGACAGCGGGUUUUGGAGUACUUUGUGGGGGAGCAGCAGGACGGGCAGCAGCAGCAGGAAGAGCACGUUGACGCGUCCUCCUCGAAGCUCAUGAUCAGCCGCGCCGGCCGGUAUUACUGGUUCCAGUCGAUCCACAUGGAGCCGGUCGCGCUGGUCGUUUCUGUGCGCGGGAAGGGUCUGAGAAAGCUGCUGAAUGUGACGGACUUUGAGCUGCUGUUGCCCGCCCUGGACAUCGUCAACAGGCUGUGGGGAAUCGGCGACCUGGCGAAUUAUCUGAAAAAAUACAUUUUGCAGACAUUAAUGGUGCAUUUUGGCAAGAUAAUAAGACACAAGAUGAAAAAGCACUAG